UCAGUUUUGUUGCGCCCGGCGAGCGGAGCGGGUGGGCGGUGAGCAGGCGGCGAAAAAUACCAAAUACCAAAAAUACAAAAAAUUAUAAAAGCGGCCGGCGCAGCCGAGGAAGCCGUUAGAAAGGAACGAUGCGGUUCAGCGGCCACCACCGUUAUUUCGACCGUUAUCAGUGCUUCUGCUCGGCGGUUGCUUCGCUGCUGCUCUGCUUCGCGGUGGGCGCGGCGCUGACGCGGGCGGAUGACCCGCCCCCGGAUGGAUCAAGGACAUUGGCGAAGUGGCUGUGCAGCCGGACGGACAUCUGCACCUCGGAGGCGGAGAAGGUCGAGGGCCUCCAGUACGCGCCGGAGGUCUUUGAGAGCCAGCGGGACUGCCGGCUGUCGUGCGGGAAGUACGGGGCCAUCUGGCCGAUGCCCACGGGCAGGGAGUGCAGCAUCUCGCACGGCCGGGUGCGCUUCGAUCCGUGGAAGGUGCGCUUCCAUGUGGUGGCGCCCGGCGAGGCGGCCACCCAGUUUCUGCGCGAGACGAACCGGCUGUUCGUCUCGAAUCUCCUGAAGGAAUGCACGCGCAACUGCACGCUGGAGAGCAGCAAGCAGAUCCUGGUCAGGUCGACGGUGGCCAACGAGAGUCUCGUGCUCGACUGGCCCACCGAUGAGAGCUACGCUUUGGUGGUGCGGACCACGGACACGGCCACCUUUGUGGACAUUCAGGCGACGACGGUCUACGGAGCCCGGCAUGCCUUCGAAACGCUGAGCAACCUGGUCACCGGCGGCCAGUCCAAUGGCCUGCUGAUGACCUCCACGGCCAACAUCACAGAUCGUCCUGCCUUCCCGCAUCGCGGGGUGCUCCUCGACACGGCCAGGAACUUUGUGCCCCUGAAGUUCAUCCGGAGCACGCUGGAUGCCAUGGCCGCCAGCAAGCUGAAUGUGCUGCACUGGCAUGUGGUGGACACGCACAGCUUCCCGCUGGAGAUCACCCGCGUGCCGGAGAUGCAGCGCUACGGGGCUUAUUCCUCCGCGCAGACCUACUCCCGCCAGGAUGCCUUGAAUCUGGUCAAGUACGCCCGGCUCCGGGGCAUCCGCAUCCUGAUCGAGAUCGAUGGGCCCUCGCAUGCGGGCAACGGCUGGCAGUGGGGACCCUCGGCGGGAUUGGGCAACAUGUCCGUGUGCCUGAAUCAGUCGCCCUGGCGGAGAUUCUGCGUGCAGCCGCCGUGCGGCCAACUGAAUCCCCUGAACGAUCACAUGUACGCCGUGCUGAAGGAGAUUCUCGAGGACGUGGCCGAGGUGGGGGCGCCGGAGGAGACCCUCCACAUGGGCGGCGACGAGGUCUUCCUGCCCUGCUGGAACAACACCGAUGAGAUCAGGGAUGGAAUGCGUGCCCGGGGCUUCGAUCUCAGCGAGCAGAGCUUCCUGCGCCUGUGGUCGCAGUUUCAUCAAAGGAAUCUCAAUGCCUGGGACGAGAUCAACGAGCGCAUGUAUCCGGGCAUCAGGGAGCCCAAGUCGGUGAUCAUCUGGUCCAGUCACCUGACCAAUCCGCGCUACAUCGAGGCCUAUCUGCCCAAGGAGCGCUUCAUCAUUCAGACCUGGGUGGAGUCGCAGGAUGCCCUGAAUCGGGAGCUCCUGCAGCGGGGCUACCGGCUGAUUGUGUCGACCAAGAAUGCCUGGUAUUUGGAUCACGGAUUCUGGGGCAGCACCUCCUACUACAACUGGCGGACGGUCUACUCGAGCGCAAUGCCCAUGGGUCGCAGCAAGGAUCAGGUGCUGGGCGGCGAGGUGUGCAUGUGGAGCGAGUAUGUGGACCAGAACUCACUGGAAUCCCGCAUCUGGCCGAGAGCCGGAGCUGCCGCCGAGCGUCUGUGGUCCAAUCCCAAGUCGUCUGCUUUGCUCGCCCAGCGGAGGUUCUAUCGCUACCGGGAGCGACUCCUGGCCCGCGGCAUCCAUGCGGACGCGGUCAUCCCGCACUGGUGCGUCCUCCACGAGGGCCAGUGCCUUUGAAGAUACCUCCUUUCAGCCUAUGUUACCCUCUCCCCUCAUCAGUUAUUGCCCAUAAAGAUCUGUUUUUAAUCCAGC